AAUAGAUGUAGCAAAAGAAACCGCAUAUAUUUUUGUAUUGUUUGUAGAUGUCAAGCAGAGAAAUAUCGGUCUGAUCUCCCAAAAGCUAGUAUCAUUAUCUGUUUCUACAAUGAAGCCUGGUCGACUUUGAUCCGCACAGUUCAUUCAGUCCUGAACAGAACUCCAGCACAGUUAUUGCAUGAGAUUGUUCUGGUUGACGAUGCCAGUGAACUUGCUCAUCUGCAAGCAAAAUUGGCGGAGUAUUUGUGGUCAUUACAUCCAAACAUAACAUUGGUGAGAUUACCUGACAGACAGGGACUCAUCCGAGCCAGAUUGUAUGGUGCACAUGUGGCAACAGGGGAGGUUUUGGUAUUCCUUGACAGUCACUGUGAGGUCAAUAAACAGUGGCUGGAACCUUUACUUGCUAAAGUUGCAGACAGUCGUAGGACUAUAGCCAUACCUGUGAUUGACAUGAUAAAUUCCGGCACGUUUGAAUACAAGGAGUCCUCUCUGGUUAAAGGUGGCUUCAACUGGGGAAUGCAUUAUACAUGGGAACAUUUACCGCAAGAUUACUUUAAAGAUGAGAGAAGCUACAUUGAGCCAAUAGAGACACCAACUAUGGCAGGUGGACUGUUUGCUGUAAACAGACAGUAUUUCAGAGAGAAAGGAGAAUAUGACCCUGGUCUGGACACGUGGGGUGGAGAAAAUCUAGAAAUAUCAUUUAGGUUUUGGCAAUGUGGAGGAAGGUUAGAGAUCAUUCCUUGUUCACGUGUUGGUCAUGUUUUCCGACAGAGACGUCCAUACGGAUCACCCGGGGGUGGAGAUAGCAUGUUGAGAAAUUCCGUUAGAGUAGCUCGUGUUUGGAUGGAUGACUAUAUUCAAUAUUUCUUUCAAGUUCAACCAGCGGCUGCUAGUAUAGACUAUGGAAACAUUACAGCAAGGAUUGAUUUGAGGAAGAAAUUAGAAUGUAAACCAUUCCAGUGGUAUCUUAGAAUCAUCUAUCCGGAACAGGUUAUACCAGAUAAGGAUCAUGGUAGAUCUAGAAAUUUACCUCCAAAAUAUAAGGCAAAAUUUAAAAGAGGAGGCCCCAUAAAGAACAAAGAGACAGGGCUGUGUAUUGUAUCAGAAGAUGAAGUCCCUGUGAGAAAUUCCUUACUUACUUUAGGCAGCUGUGAUAUCCAGAAGAAAUAUCAGGUAUGGAAUGAAACGGAGGACAAAGAAUUGAUGCUGGUGUAUAAUCUUUGUCUAGAUGCUCAAGAUGGUAUGCGUAAAAAUGUGUAUGCCAAACUUGGCAAGUGUGAUGGUAUGAAACGUACACAGGCUUGGGUCUGGUCUAUAAAGAACUAUGUAUACCAGUUGUAUAACCCAACCAGUGGAAAAUGCCUGGCACCAGUAAAAGACGGUGAUAAAUAUCAUUUAACAUUGGAAAUUUGCACUUUGAACAAUAAAUUGUCAGCAUUUAUGAUGGAGGAAAGAUAGCAUUGAACAAUAAAAUGUAAGCAUUUUGAUGGAGGAAGAAUACUGAAAUAUACAAUGGCAGUGUUCUGAUGGAGGAAAGAUAGUGUUGAACAAUAAAAUGUCAGCAUUUAUGAUGGAGGAAAGAUAGCACUGAACAAUAAAAUGUCGUCAUUUUAUUUAUGGAAAGAUUGCAUUGAACAGGAAAAUGUCAGCAUUUAUGAUGGAGGAAAGAUGGCAUUUAACAAUAAAAUGUAACGAUUUAUGAUGGAGGAAUAUAGGAUUGAACAGUAACGUGUUGGCAUUUAUGAUGGAACAAUUAUAUCGAACAAUAAAAUGUCUACAUUUGUGAUAAGAGGAAAGAUAGCAUUGAACAAUAAAAUGUCAGUAUCUAUGAUGGAGGAAAGAUAGCAUCAACCAAUAAAAUAUAACCAUUUAUGAUUGAAGAAAAAACAUGAAAUACAUUUUUGAUUAGUUAUUGAAUAUUUCAUCAAUCAAUAUUACAUUUUAAGUGUUACAAAAUUUCAGAAGUUUUCUUUGGCAUUCUUUUACAAAAGAAGGAGAUUACUGACAAUAAAAUGUUAAUGUUUGUUAAAUUAUUGAAUAAUUUAUAAGUUUUUAUCACAAGUAUGUCGCUACAAAUACACUUAAAAAAAUUCC